UCGGCUUUGUGUUUUUAAAAAGUUCGCAUUUUGGAAGGGACUGUGGUUUUGACGUCACUUCCGCAACCAAUGCACAGCCAUGUCUGCACAGCAGGACCGUGGCGUCCCCCUGAGCACUCUUUCUCCCAAGUACCUCCAUACCAAUUCGACCAGCCACACCUGGCCUUUUAGUGCCAUUGCUGAGCUCAUAGACAACGCCUACGAUCCAGAUGUCCUGGCCAACGCGUUCUGGAUUGAUAAGACUGUUGUCAAAGGACACGAUUGCCUCAGUUUCAUGGAUAAUGGGAACGGUCUGGACCAUGAGGGCAUGCAUAAAAUGCUCAGCUUCGGCUACAGCGACAAGGUUUCCAUCAAGGGCGUGGAGCCCAUCGGGAUGUACGGCAACGGUUUCAAAUCCGGAUCCAUGCGUCUCGGGAAAGAUGCCAUCGUGUUUUCCAGGUCCAAGAAUGUAUCGUGCGUUGGGAUGCUUUCCCAAACGUAUCUGGAAAAAAUCAACGCCCAACAGAUAAUUGUGCCCAUUGUCUGCUUUGAACACUCAGCCCGCAACCUAUGUGUAAGAGAGGAGCACAGAGCCAGCCUGCAGGACAUCCUGCGCUACUCUCCUUUUGAAACCGAGACGGACCUGCUUACUGAGAUCAGCGCUAUCACGUCCACCUGCUCCACCGCAACGACUGGCACACGCAUCAUAAUCUGGAAUCUGCGCAGGACAUCCACUGGAGCCUUAGAGUUUGAUUUUCAGACAGACCGUUACGACAUUCAAAUUCCGUCCGACGUGUAUGAGGAGAUGACCUUGGCUGGUGACAGAAUCCCCUCACACAUACCUCAGAGUGUUUACUCACUACGGGCUUACUGCAGUAUCUUGUACCUGAAGCCUCGCAUGCAUGUCAUUAUACGAGGUCAAAAAGUGAAAACUCAGCUCAUAGCCAAGAGUCUCGCCAACAGCAAAACAGACCAUUACAAGCCCAUCUCUCUUACCAAAAGAAUUCCCAUUAUUUUUGGCUACAACACCAAAAGCAGAGACCACUACGGCAUCAUGAUGUACCACAAGAAUCGUCUCAUAAAGGCCUACGACCGUAUCGGCUGCCAACUCAAGCCCAACAGCAAAGGUGUUGGCGUCAUUGGGGUCAUAGAGUGCAACUUCCUUGAGCCAAUGCACAACAAACAAAGCUUUAUUGAGAAUGACAAGUACAGGAAAACAAUGACCAGUUUGGCAAUCAAACUGGAUGAAUAUUGCAACGAAAUUCGCUUCAGGCUGAGCAGAGGCAACCCAGAUAGAAAGGUGGAAGUGGACGACAUCAGCAAGCGGCCGGAUCAGAACUGGGUGAUGUGUGACCUUUGCAGGAAGUGGCGCAAACUGCCCGACGGGAUCGACUGCAGCAGGCUGCCGGACAAUUGGUUCUGUCAUAUGAAUCCCGAUCCUCAGUUCAGGAAUUGCAAAGUGGAAGAAGAGGCUCAAGACUCUGAUGAUGACCAACCAUCUUACAGAAAAACCUAUAAGCAAAAAGAGAGGGAGGACAAAAAGAAGCUAAUGAGUAGGCAGAAGGUUGAGGCUGAUAGACGGCGUUUGGAAGAGUGGCGCCUGGCUAAGCUGACGCUACAAAACCAGGCUCUUCAAGAGCAGGAGGAGGAACUCAAACGCAAGCUACAUCAACAAACAGUCCAUUCCCCAUCGACUCCCACUAACUCAGAGAGAAGGUUGAACGUGGUGUCAGUACAGGAGACCUCUUCCUCUCCAGGAGUGACCGCUGUGUCUGGAACCUCCCCCACUAGCAAUGGCUUGCCAAUUAUUUCAAGCGUGUACUCUUUGUCAACCAGUCCCUCAAGGAAAAAAAGGAGGAUGUCUGCCGAGCCACAGAGCACCCCGAAAAGUCAUCGGCAAAAUCUCUUCCAACCAAGUGAAUCGGAUGCUUCGCCGUCAGCGGAUGUGACCCCGCUGAGAAAUGAGGCCUUUGCACCAAAAAUGGGCGGAGCGGACUUGAAGGGGUCGUUCAAAAGAGGGAGCAGUUCCGCCCCUGCGACACCUCCUGGCGUCAGUCAGAUGGAAGCGCCAAGAAUAAAGUGCAAAAAGGAGGAUGAGGCGGUUAUUAAAGAAAAUCCAGAGCAAACAGAAAACGGCGCUGUUGCAACGACUGACCGAGGCACGCAGUUUUCGAGAAUGAUUAAGGAAGAAAAUAACAGUCAAAGCAUAAAUAAAUCCGAUCAGACUGUGUAUAUAGAUAGCGAUGAUGAUGACGAUGAUGAUGAAAUCUACAGAUCAUUAAACUGGCCUACGGAGGCAAAGGAAGAACAAGAUGCGGCGCACGAGGAGCGAGUACAAUGUACUACACCGUUGUCUGCUAGUUGUUUACACAAAUCAAGCCAGACAGAGGGAAGAUGGCCCGAUAAAGACUAUAAACACUUGUUUGAGAAAGCUGAAGAAAAACUGAAUCAACUUUUGCGCAACAGAGUCGAUUUAUUUGAAGCUGUUCGGAGCGAACCUACUGGCAUCCAGGCCCAGAAGGAUUUCAGCAACAUCACGUUGCAAAUUGACGCUCUGGUCCGGGAACUCGAUCAGAGGACCGAGGAGAGGAAUCAGCUGCACUCUCAGCUGAAGAGUUUAAAGUUGCAAAAGGAAAACCUGUCCAGCCAGUGUCAGGAUCUCAGGACGAGGCUGCAACAAGUAGAGGAAAAAACGCAGGCGAGCGGGAGCAGAGGGCCGCUGCAGAAUGGAGGCUUAGCCACACAGCCGGCAAGCAGCCCGACAAAUUCAGAUCACUUCAAAAGGUUGGUUGAGCUGCGUUAUAACAUUGGGCGGCUCCUUGUCCACCGCGUGCCUUAUCUGGAUCUGGGCCAAGUCAAUUAUGAAUGCGAUGUCAUCGACGAGAUUCUGGACCAAUAUCUUGCCGACACCUCCUCAGACCGAAGUGACGCGCCGCACUUGGAGUAGAGCGUAUGCAGAUUUCUUCAUCUGUGAGGGAUUUGCAUUCUUUUGUACGUCCAUUUUCUAUAGCCAGGGUUGCACAUUCCUAUAGAAGUGGUGUGAAUGCACGCUGAAAAUAUUGAAAGCGAACUUAUUCAAUUGUCACUGCGCAUUUUCUGUUUAUUUAUUUCUUUUAUUGGCAUUUUAUUCUCAGGUGGGCGGGGCCUCUAUCUUUAAACUGCACAUGUUGGUGCUGAGUGUAAAGCAUAACCUCUACAGAACCAGCCUUUCCUAGAUUAGCAUGCUAGCGAUGAUCAUUGUCGGUAAAAAUAAAUUUGGAAAACUCAAACUUCUGACUGGUCAGACUAUAUGUUUGAGUGUUUUGUUUGACACGGGUGUAAUCUUCCAUAUCAUGUUCAACUUUUGAGAGAAAACGUAUAAAUCAGUAGGUUAAAGUUAGUCUGUAACUUUAAGAAAAACUUUCACUCGAGCCCAUUAAUAAAGGAGAAGAAUAUGCUCAUUAAGUCUCUCCUCUCACAUUUUGCGGUAUUUUUCAGUAUCGGUGAUCAGCUGGUAAGGCGUUGGCCUCACAGUUCUGAGGUCCCGGGUUUGAUCCCGGUCCCGCCUGUGUGGAGUUUGCGUGUUCUCUCCCGUGCCUGCGUGGGUUUUCUCCAGCCACUCCGGUUUCCUUCCACAUCCCAAAGACAUGCAGCAUUAAUUGGACGCUCUAAAUUGCCCCUAGGUGUGAUUGUGAGCAAUGUUCCCUCUAAGCUGCGCAACUGCGCAUUUGCGCACUUGUCGCGCACUCUCAGCGCAAAUGAAAAGAGAUCCAGCACAGUGAACAACAGCCUGACGUCUUUUUUUUUUUUUUUUAAAUCACGGCAGCACACUGCCUCUCACAACUAGCUUCUGACAAGCCACACACUCUACUUCCUAGUUUACCUGACUCCGCCCCCUCCGCUCUUAAAGGGGUAAUUACCAUUGGUGUGUAAUGUUAAAAUUCCACCUUGGGACGGCCUGAUCGAGGAUGAAAGCACAGACGAUACAUUGCCCAAAAAGGUAAAAAGGCAACAUUACGUUAACCCUAAAACUGUAUGUGAGCAUCAUUCAGCUUUCAACAUGCAUUGCUAAAGAUAUUCUGCAAGCAAUAAUUCAGUUUUACACCAAGAAAAACAGGUGGGGAUAUCAUUGUGGGUUAAAAAAAAAAAGUAAACAAAUUUGGAUGUGACAUUUCAAAUUUAUAGUUCAUAGUUGGCUUAGUUUGGUUAGCAAUCUUUUUUUUGUUUGUGGACAUUUUCAGUGUAGGUUUGCAAAAACACAAAAUUGUUUUUAAAAAUGUUCUGAUGGGAAUGGAAUCUGAACCUUUUAAUGAGGCAUCUAACUUCAACAGAUGACACUGAUGUGACCGCAGUGCAUACGUCUGAUAUUGCUCACCGUGGUCAAAAGGGGGCGCUCACGGGCUUAGCGUGUUUGCUCAGACACGUCGAAAAAUUAGAGGGAACAUUGAUUGUGAGUGCGGCUGUUUGUCUCGAUGUUCCCUGCGAUUGUCCGGCAACCAGUUCAGGGUGUACCCCGCCUCCUGCCCGUUGACGGCUGGGAUAGGCUCCGUCACUCCCCGCGACCCUCGUGAGGAUAAGCGGCCAGGAAAACGGAUGUAUAUUUCUUUCCCACCAGUGACAUUCCUGCACUGGCCGCUUUGAAUCGCGCCGAAAAUGAAAAUGUCGUAGCGGAAACGACAGACCAGAAGUGAAGCGUUUUCCAGAGAAUUGGGCACAGCACGGCCCCUUGUCUCCCUUUAAAAAAAAAAUAAAUAAAUAAAAAAAUUUAAAAAAAAAAAGCUAGACAUUUUGUUUUCAUGGCUGAAAAUAAAUUAGUGUAAGCAAACAAUUCCAUGUUUUUCCAAGGAGACUUCAAAGUUUCUUAUAUUCAGCACCAACCAAUGCACAGCAAUAAUGGGGAAUUUGCAACAAUUUCUUUUUACAUGAAUCAGUGACGAAAAUCAUAUUCCUGAGAACCAGACCAAUAAUAUGUGCACCCCUGUCUAUAGCACUUGACCUCAUUUACUGGUCGACUGGAUGCCAGCCGACGGCAGGGCGGAUGUGACCAACAUCAAUUUAUACCUGUGUGUGGUACGUGUGGACAUUUAAAGUCUUCAACUCACCUAACGUACAUUUUAGAAAAGUUUUAGGAAGCCAGAGCUCCUGAAAACGUUCGCAAAAUGAACCUCUGAUGCAAAUGUGUCGAUACUUUUUUCAGUCAGACGUAUUUCCAACCUCUACAAGUUUUUAAACGUAUGUGGAUGCACUGCACAGUGUACAAAUAGUCUUAUGUCGAUUACUGUACAUGGAAACAAACCCAGGGAUAACGAAGCAGGCCGAGCAGAUAGUGCCUGUUUUCUCGCGACUCAGCAUGUAAAAAAAAAAAAAAAAAUGCAAAUGAAGCUAACUUUUAACAGUUUGUGGCGCAAGACCGCAUUUUGCCUGUAAGCUUUCAGUGGGGGGGGGAUCGUGGCAGCGGGCCACGUAUCUCCAAUGUGCGCUCUUGCAAAACAAUGCAGCCCUGAUGCCAACUUGACAAAAUGAGUGCCGUUUUUGUGUGUUUUUUUUUUCUUUCUUGUUGUCCAGAUCUAUAGAACAUACUGUUUUAAUAUAUUUUUUUAACUUUGUCCAUCAUCUGCUAUUGAUUUUUGUCUUUUCACAGAUAAAAUUUUUACAGAUACCAUGUUCCUCAGCCUGCGCACGU